AUGGAUCCCCCAAACAGAAUCGAAUUCCUUAUGUUAACGGUUAACUAUCUGGAAAAGGGGAACUUAGUUCAAGCGAAAGAAUCAUUACGAAAGAAUCACCAGUAUUUUCAAGACUUGUCGCCAUGUAAGUUGUCAAAACCCACUUUACAGGAGAUAGAGAUAGUAAACAAGGCAGAGAAAAUAUCGAUAGAGAAUGUGGCGUGGAGUCUUCGAACUGGAGUAAUUUUGUUGCCCCAGACGUCUGCUAAGAACAACUUCUUUGUCCGCUUCGCCAAUGUAGUUGGUGCUGUUGCUUUAAUCACGAUUUGUGUUGAUAUAGCUGAGAAAGUAUUUGAACAGUUAAAAGAGUACAUUGAGAAUGUUGAAGACGAAGAAUCAGUUAUUAGCCUUGGAGUUGCCCUUAACAACUUAGGUUGUGUGUAUAUUAGGAAAGGACAUUUUCAAAACGCAAAAGUUAGUCUUCAAAGAGCGCUGGCGAUAUUUGAGGUAGUCAAAACAGGAAAAGAGUGUAUCACUGUCAAGGAGAAAAUAGCAGCAAUAACAAAUAACUUACGACUGGUGCAUCAGGCUCAGAGGAGCCAUGUAGCUGACAUGCAAUUACAAAACGAUCUCCUUUCUGAUGUAAGCCGCUUUGCCAUUCAACCAAGAAUCACUGCAGUUGUUGAUUACAAUAAAGCCCUGACCUCUUUGGAUAACAGGAAUCUUAGAAAAUCUUUAGACGAACUUGAGAAUUUAAAAGCAUUUUGUGAAACAAAAUUACACCAAAACAAGGGACUGUUAAUCUGCAUUUUGUUAAAAAUCCGUUUAGUUUGUUCGAUGCUUCAAGCCUCUAGUGGGACCACGACAUUUAUUGAUAGUAAGAUUUCGACCUUGCAAGGGCUGAAGGAACUUGUUCAUAUUAGUACAAACUUUUCGUUAGACUUCUCAGUCACAAUUGUGGAGACGGUGGCCGACAUUCACCUUUAUCAAGGUAAUCUUGACCUUGUCUGUAGCUAUUUCUCCUACCUUGUACCUGUUGUUCGUGAAAGAUGUGGUGCAGAUCACACAACAGUUGCUUCCAUUCUAUCAAAACAAGGACUUGUUUUCCUCCACUUGGAAAACUUCGCACGCUCUAGGCAAUGCUUUACCGAUGCAUUAGAGAUUUUCACCGGAGCUUUUGGUGGUAUUCACCCUGAUGUUCUCAAAUGCAAUGCGGGUCUUGCGAGGCUAGAAUGGCUCGGUGGAAGUGAAGAAAAAUCUUUAACGCACAGUCAGACAGUUUUGGAAAAUGUGGAAAGGAUUUGCCAAGUGUCAUUUGAGUGCCAAUUGAAGCCAAAAUUCAUGGAAUUGUCUUCACAAAGAGGAAGAACACCAUCUCCUAACGCUGAUCAUCAAGAACAACUAAAACUUGAAACUCUGGUUUCUGAGUUUGGUAUGGAAAUAACCCGGGUUCUCAACCAGCAUCAACUGACUGAUCUUUGGAAUUGUCAAGGAGCACUCUCAGAAAGUGAUGAUUUUGUGGAUUCCUCCGUCCCAAAGGAAUUAUGUGCAAAGCUGAGCUUUAACUGGUUGAAAGCUGGUCUUUGUUUGUUUAACGUUGGAGUGGAUCAAAGUGUCGCUUUUCUCUUUCUCUCGUGUACAUAUGCAAGUAUGUUUUAUGAUCAUUUGAAUUGUUCUGAAGUCAUUUUACUGAAAGUGAUUUUUCUUGUGUGUCAUAUCAAAUCUAGGACGUGCGAAGCCUUCCCGAAAGUUGAAGAGAGAUUAAAAAAUGAGUACGGACGGCUGAAGAACUUCAUUGAGGACAAAGUGAAGAGAUUUGUUAAACCGGAAAGCAAAACUCUAUUUUUUAACGAAAAUACAAACUUGAUGAUUGCUCUGGCAGUAAUCCUUCAGACGUUUGUAGAAAUGGAAAUGUAUGAGAUGAUAGCUGAUGUGCAUAGUUUAUUUUCUUUCCUGUCAAACCAGCAGUCUCCGCAGGUAUCUCAAGUAGUGCUCGUUGAAGAGCUUCAGUUUGCGUUUUUUAGUUCAAACAUACAAUGUCUUGGCAAACAGGUUAUGCACCACCUAAUUUUUUUGACGCCUCUUGGGGUGAUGAACAAUCGAAAAGUCACUGACGAAAACGAUACAGAUACUUCCUGUAACUCUCAAAGCAAGCAGCCUACAAACUCUUUACAUAGAAAUGACAACUUUAGAGAAAGGAAAUCGAGGCAAAUUUUCAAAACUUUGGCACUCAAAACUGAUAAUAAUCGGUUGAGAGGAUCUUGCAGAUUUCUUGUGGAGUGUCCAAUGUCUCGUGGGAUUGAUAUUUCAGCACUAAAUGAAAUAAAUGCGUGGAGUGUGAAUGCAGUAGAAGGCAGCUUGCCUCACUUGAUCUCAUGCAGCCAUCAGAACAUAGAAUUGGCAAUACAAUAUUUCAUAGAAUUGGAAUUUCCAGCCUCUGCGGAGGGCACUCUUUCUUCGAUUUCUGGUGAUUUUUCCCUUUUGUCACUCGUGCUAUCGGCAGCUAAGGAUGGUUCAGAAUCUGAAACGCAAUCUCUGGUUCUCGUCAACACAGAGAACACUUGCGAAGGAAACCUAGCAUUUAUCUUCCAAGACAAAGUAAUUGCGGAUUUUCUACUCGGAAAGCUUUUAAAGCAAAUUUUAACCAAUGAAGACGAGCUUGGUGAGGUUGUGAACGUGGUAGUCAAAGACAGCCAGCUCGUGUUGAAAAUCCAAGGUCCACUCAUAGGGCAAAUAGCAAUUCAGGGCCAUGAAGACGCCAUCAAAGUGAAAACCCAAUUGAUUCACUAUUCUCAAAGCCGUAGAAAAGUUGAGAUUGUUCGAGAAGAAGUUCAACCGUGCAAUUGCUCUCUUAUUGAGACGGUCAUCGCUGAAAAAAUGGAAAGAUGUGCUCGUAGUUUUGGCAUUCAUUUCGAGACAAAAAGGGAUAAUGCCUGGUGUGUUGCGUCACAUCUGACUGGAAACGCAAGGGAUAUUUCAAUGAGAGUAAGUGUUUUGAAUGUUGUAUUCAUCUCUUUAGGCAUGAAACUUGUUCUUCAACCAUGAUGAUGAAUCCUUGUUAUGCAGCGAUUCAUCUGCUAAAUGUAAAAUCCACCUUACCAAAAUAACAAAAUCAAAAAUAUGACAAAGUCAGAGUGAGAAUGUUUCUUACCGCUUUUUCAGCUACUUUUAGGGAUUUGUACAUUACAAUGAAGAAAUCUAAAAUAUGGUUGUCUUUCAAAUUAAAGAACAGCCUCUUUUUGCCUUAAACUCCAAAGCAGGAUCAAAAGUUAGUUUUUGGCUAUUGUUAUAGUUUUUUAUUCGUUCUCUUUUUAGGAGCACCAGCCGCUAGAAAUGCAGCUUGGAACCGAACGCCCAGGCCGUAUUUUUCCGCUCCCAACCUUGCUUUCCAGACAGUCGUUCUUGUCGGAAUCAUCGACACAAACAGAUUCCUUAAGUAUUCCCUCAACAUGUGAUCUUAGUACUCAAACAGAGCUCAGUGACUCUGAUGAAUCUGAAAAUCUGGUGGAGCCCACAUCGUCAUCCAGUGAAGUAAGUAUAUCACCAUCAUUACCUCCAUCGUCAUCGUCAUCAUCAUCUUCGUCAUCAUCAUCAUCAUCAUCAUCAACUGGUGAAGACGGUACUAAUGAGGUCUCCAGAAGGUCAAGGUCAGAGCUAGCAGAGAAAGGUAAAUCGUCAAUGAAUUCCGUCUGUUCGUGUGGUUUAGAAUUGGAGAAACGCGGAAGAGAAGUUCCAAACGUUGCAAAUUCAGAGGAAGAAAUAUCUAGCAUGGCUUAUCUCAGUGUUUCACCGUUCAACUAUAGUAGCAACGAUGCAGAGGAAGGACAGACAAAUAAACCACCACUCGUUCCGCCAUUAACUUUGAAGGUUCAGACGGAUGGAAACUUAAGCGAGAGCAAAGAAAACCUUGAGAAGUGUAUUCAAACCGAUGAUUGGCUAGGGCAUUGUAUGGAUGAUGAAGUUCAUGGCGCCAUGAAAAAUGUUUGGUGUGAAAGUUCUGCAAUCCAAAAUUGUCUUCCUUGUUAUUCCUCAACGGGAUCUGCUGAACCACCUUUUCAAGGGGAAGGUGGUGUAACGGACAACCUUCCACGAAUUACAGACCAGGUGGAGCGUCAGAAUCGCGAAUCAGUUACUUACUGGAACGACAAGGACGCAAAGCCUGAGAAGAUUAGACCACGAGAUGAUCUGCGAAACACCAUAGAUAAAAAAGAAUCAAAUUUCUUUGGUUUAAGGCCUUACUUCCUUGCUCGUCACUCAGAAGACAGUAGCAUUACCAUUCCUAUCGAUGACAUAGGGAAUACAGCGGAAAAUGCCAAUGGAGGGUUUUCCAACACUUUUUCAAGGAAUCAAGGGUCAUCUUGUUUAACAAAUGAGCAAGACUAUCAAGACUACUCCUUUCAAGCCCCAUCGUUUCGUUCUGAAAGCUCAAAAGUAUCUGCUCACGUAAAAGGUCCAAACCCUUACGGCUCCUUCGAUCCUAACCCUGCAGUUUGGGAUCUACCAGUGCCUGCUCGUCCUCUAAUUUCUCUUCGCUGCAACAGAUCGGAGCAUCUCCAAACACUUUCCUGCGAUGACCCGCGAAUUGUACCUCCGCAUGCUUUGAUGAAUGGUGACACGCCGUUGAAGCAAACACCCCUUUUAACACAACAGAGAAAAGUCAAGGAUCAACGUACUGAUCCUGAAGUACAACGGAAGAGAAACUACGAUUUUAAAGUGAUGAAUAGAAAUCCUGCAUUUUUAUCUAAUACUACUUCAAUUACCCAAGGCCUGGUAUCCCCUGAAAUGGAAUUGUCCGCUUUGCCACAAGCAGCCAUGAACAGAAAUCUCACAUGGGAAACAAGAACACUUGCAGAUCAGGACACUGCUAACCAAAAGCCACCGUCUCUCUCAAAUGAUGAUUUCUUAGCUGACCUAGAGCGGCGAGUGGCCGAAACUUGUUCCCUUGUCGAAAAAACCUUGAAAAAAAGAGAAGUAAAGGAAAAGGCAAUGAAGGAAAAAGAACGAAGAAAAAAAGAAGAGCGGGCAAGGAAAGAACAACAAGAACGUGAAAGAAGAGAAAGGGAGGCAAGUGUAACAAGACAAACGGAACGCAGGAAUUACAGAGAAGAAGUCAGUAACCCGACGAGUGGUGGAGGAGAAACACCUACGCAAACAUCAGCUGGUGCUGAGGGUCGACAAUGGCUCUGUGAACAUUAUAAGCGGCUCUGCCGUGUCAAGUUCCCAUGCUGUGGAAAGUUCUUUCCCUGUCAUCGUUGUCAUAACAACUCUGGGUGUCCAAAUGAUAAUUCCAAAGCAAGAGAGGCGUGUUAUGUUGAGUGCUCGGUUUGUAGCCAUCAGCAAGAGGUAUUUAGACAUAUCUUUUAUUUAAAAUUUCAUAAAUGUGGAAAGGGAGAAGUUACAUUUAGACUGUAUGCGAUUUCUUUUUAAUGCUUUCUUCUUUUUAAGAUCAACCAGGACGCCCAAACCUGUGCCAGAUGUAAAACAAAGUUCUCGGCAUAUUUCUGCUCUAUUUGUAAACACUUCACGGGCACAGACAAAAAUCCAUAUCACUGCACAAAAUGUGGUAUCUGCCGGUAGGUGAAACGAUAUUCAUGACGAAAUUCCUAGUUUUCUGUUUGUUUCAUGAUAUUCAUGUUUUCCAAAAAGUAAGGCAGUAAUUGGCCUACUUCAAUACCAAGUGUUACCGAAUAAAUGGAAAGAACAUUCUUGCCCUAGCCCAGGGCGAGAGCAACGCUUAAUAAGAAAGAGAGACGCCCUGAUCGAUACGCACGUGAAAAUUACCAUUUCCAGUGUUUUCUCAUCCGUCUUUGCGAAAUCGUAAUAAAAAAAUAUUGAGCAGCACUGAAUGCUAGUUUUUGUUCCUCAUAGGCAUCAGGUUUCCUUUCAUUAGAUCGAAUCGAGUAGAAAUAUAGGGUUCUCACGUCGCAUUAUAAAUUUAUUUUCUUUACCAGUCAUCUUAAGUUUUGCUCGAGUAUUUACCUACGAAGUGAUGUUCCUGUUUUCGUUUCAGUAUCUUCAAAGACCGCUCCUUCCACUGUGAUGUGUGUAACGUCUGUCUGGACAAACGGCUAGAGGGAAGACAUUCUUGUCGAGAAAAUUCAGGACAUGAUGAGUGCUGCAUCUGUUUGGAGGUAAUGACUUACUUUUCGUACUAACACUCAGUUGCUACAAAACUCCCAGAAAAGGGAAUUUCUCUGCCUUGUUCGUUUCACAUCUUUUCUUGUUUGUCGGGUAUACUUGUUAAAUGAUUGUCAGUGUUUGUGGAUUUUGUCAUCGGUUGUACUGUAUAAUUAACAUUUUGUGUUCUUAUGUUGCUGUGAAACACUACGUUAUUUGUUGUGUUCUAUCUAUAAAUUUAGCUUUAUAAGUCAAUGUUUAUGCUCGAUUAGUAUAAAGCAACUGCACAGUUUUCACUGCCGUUAAGUCUGUAUUCCAAUAAGGUAAAUGUUUCUUCGUGUCAUUGGAACGUUUUCUUUUCUGCUGGUGUAAGAGUAUGGAUUUCAAAAAAAAUGUCUAGAGAUACCCGUGACACUGGUUGCACACAAAAUCCGCUCUGCAAGGGAAAUAUUGUCCAAUAGCUUUUUCCCUUCUAGUGUAAUUAUAGCCUUGUUGUCGACAGUAAAAGUGAAAUCUGGUAAAUGCAAUGUUUGAGCGACAAAUCUAGCAACAUACCAAGAGAGCACCUGAUUUUUUCUCAGCAGGGUUCUGAGUACAAAAGAAAGCGUUUUAAUAGAAUUGUUCGAAAAAGAAAUGAUUUUAAAAGUUGAAUUUAUGGAUAAUACCUCCAAAUACCUUUACUUAAUGGACGUUUGGAACAUUUAUUUUCAGGAUGCAUUCAGCGGUUGUCAAAUCUUGCCAUGCUCACACAAGGUUCAUAGAGAGUGUGCCAUUGCAAUGAUUCAGAAUGGCGUGUAA